UCAAAAUUGAUAUCUUUCGAGCAUAAUUGUAGAUAUCUCUGCUUUUUCGAGAAACUUCGUUCACGAUUGGUUGAUUCGGAUUCGAUUUGUGUUUAUUUAAGUGUUUAUUUUAGUUUCCAGCGAGUUUGAUGUUUGGUUGGAUAAUGUGUGUUUGCUUUUGUCGAUGAUUCUCGAUGCUUGUGUUAUUUUAUUACAAUUAGAUUUGUUUAAGUUUUAUUAGCGUCUUCUUAUAAUACUUUUUAUAUCGAUUCCUUCUCUACUGAAUUUUCUCGCUACAUUUCGUUUAAAAGACUGCAUAUUUUUACUUGUACAAUCAGACAGUAACCUCGAACUCAUGCUGAUUGUUGUCUUGUGUCUCUGUUUCUAGAGUUUUGUCUGACCGCAUCUGUGUUCACUGAGGUUUUUGAGUUUGGUUUCGUGUAUUCAGAUGCGAGAUUUGAUGAUUCGGUUUGGGGUGCACCCAUUAGAAUCUUCAAGAACUGACAAGUCUUCUUCGUUUACAGUUAUUACCAAGGACAACAAUGGAGGCUCGUCCGGUUCAGAGAUCAGGUUCUAUGGUGCUCAGUAACCUCACUCGCACUACUACUUCAAUACCUUCUAACCCUUCAACCGGAGAAGAAUCCUUCACGAGAUCAGACAACACUCAGUUUAUCUCUAAGCCAUUAGGACAACAAACCUACCAUUUGCUUUCUUCCAAUAACAACGGAGCGGUUGGACACAUAUGCUCUUCAACAUCCUCUGGUUUCUCAACCAAUCUCCAUUACUCAUCCAUGGCAUCUCACGAGAGACACGGAAGCAGCAGUAACGAUACUUCUUGGUGCCAUGAUUCACCUCACGGAGGGUUUCUUGAUUUCCCUGAGGCCAGCCAUGUUGAGGAUGGUGGCAUUGGUUCUGCGUUUGAUGACAUUCAGAAACCAAAUGAUUGGCAUGAAUGGGCUGACCACUUGAUCACCGAUGAAGAUCCUUUACUAUCUACUAGCUGGAAUGAUCUCUUGCUUAACACCAGUUCCCAUUCAGAUUCAAAGGUGCAAAUUCCACCGCAAGCUCAUCAGACUGUUCAGCAGCAGCCUUCUCCUUCUGUGGAGUUGCGACCUGUCGGCACAACAUCUUCAAGCAGUAACAACGGAACGGGCAAGGCACGUAUGCGUUGGACGCCAGAGCUUCACGAGGCUUUUGUUGAGGCUGUCAACAGUCUUGGUGGCAGUGAAAGAGCUACUCCUAAAGGUGUGCUGAAGAUUAUGAAAGUUGAUGGAUUAACUAUAUAUCAUGUCAAAAGCCAUUUGCAGAAGUAUAGGACGGCUAGAUAUAGGCCAGAACCAUCAGAAAAUGGUUCUUCAGAGAAGAAGUUGACACCGCUUGAACAUAUAACAUCUCUUGACUUGAAAGGUGGGAUAGGUAUUACAGAGGCUCUGAGACUUCAGAUGGAAGUGCAGAAGCAACUCCAUGAGCAGCUCGAGAUUCAAAGAAACUUGCAACUCCGGAUAGAAGAACAAGGAAAGUACCUGCAAAUGAUGUUCGAGAAACAAAACUCGGGUCUCGAAAAAGGGACAGCUUCAACAUCAGAUACCUCAGCCAAAUCCGACCAAGAAGACAAGAAAACAGAUGAUUCAAAGGAGCUCGUAUCAGAGGAAACAAGGAAUAGCCAAGAGCCUGAAUCUUCUCAGGCAAAGCGUACCAAAACCCGAUAAUUGAAAGUAAUGGGAGUAUGAUGGAGAGCUUUGAGUUAGAUGAGAUAGGGAAGGUGGAUGCAAAACAUGAUGAACUUGCCAAUGAUGUUAAGGAUCUGAGAGAGAGUAUGAUGGAUCGUAUUUGAGUUUCAAGAAACAAGACUUGAAAAGGUGGAAGAAGAAGCUAUGAGAAUUAAGAUGAAUGAAGAGAUGAUUGAAAGCUAUGAUAGGAUAUGGUUCUUUGGAAAGGGGUUUAGCAACUGAGAUGAUCAUGUUUUCUUAUGUUUUUAAACUUAUGUAAGACUCUUAUUAUCUUACGUUUUGAGUGUCAGACAUUAUGAUGUUCUUUGUGUUUCAGUAACCGAGAUUAUCUAAGUUCUUUAUGCUUGGUCA